AUGGAGAAAAAGUUUGAAGAAAAAUUGACAACUAUGUUUUAUCAAAUGGCAAGUUUUCAAGGUGGACAAUCUUCUAAUACACUGUAUAUAACUCUCGAACUUGAUUAUAAAGUUAAUAACAUGACUACAGACAAAUUGUCGAAUAAGCGUGUUUCAACUACUUCGCAGAGAAAGCUUCGAAGCAAUGAUGUAAAGAAGAACUAA